AUGCCGUGCCGACAGAACCGCCGCGGCGAUUUCCAGGAGAACAUGAUAUCCUCGAAAGUGGAGCAUUUAUCGCCAUCUUCUCUCCCUCACCCCGUGCCUCCCUCCCUCCCUCCCUCCCUCCCUCCCUCCCUCCCUCCCUCCCUCCCUCCCUCCCUCCCUCCCUCCCUCCCUCCCUCCCUCCCUCCCUCCCUCCCUCCCUCCCUCCCUCCCUCCCUCCCUCUCUUCCCUCCCUCCCUCCCUCCCUCCCUCUCUUCCCUCCCUCCCUCCCACCCUCCGUCCGUCCGUCCGUCCGUCCCUCCCUCCCUCCCACCCUUCCCUCCCUCCCUCCCUCCCACCCUUCCCUCCCUCCCUCCCUCCCUCCCUCCCUCCCUCCCUCCCUCCCUCCCUCCCUCCCUCCCUCCCUCCCUCCCUCCCACCCUUCCCUCCCUCCCUCCCUCCCUCCCUCCCUCCCUCCCUCCCUCCCUCCCUCCCUCCCUCCCUCCCUCCCUCCCUCCCUCCCUUCCCCCCCCCCUCCCUCCCCCCCUCCCUCCCUCCCUCCCUCCCUCCCUCCCUCCCCCCCUCCCUCCCUCCCCCCCUCCCUCCCUCCCCCCCUCCCUCCCUCCCUCACUCCCUCACUCCCUCCCUCCCUCACUCCCUCCCUCACUCCCUCCCUCCCUCCCUCCCUCCUUCCCUCCCUCCCUCCCUCCCUCCCUCCCUCCCUCCCUCCCUCCCUCCCUCCCUCCCUCCCUCUUCCCCCUUGAUCACUCUCUUUCUUUCCUCCGGCCCUCCUUCCUUCACUCCCUCCCUCAAGCAUGCUUCAGAGGAUUGCACGAGGUGGGAGCGACUAAGAAUCCAAGGGGUAGAAACCAGGAAGACGGACACGAGGAGCAACGUCAGCAGCACGAGGAUAAGCAAACGCCUGAGGAGGCGGUUCACACAGGCGAGCAAGAAAUGGAGCGAGCAUGCGUGCAGGAGGCGCACAGGAAUGCACGGCUUCUUGUGGAGCAUCGUGGUUUGGAGCGGUUGGAGGAGGGGAAAGGGGAGAUCCAGCAGUUGGGUGGUGAUGGAAUGAGGCUGGAAGCAAGAGGAGUUGAGAUGGGUUCAGGAGACGAGAGGGAUAAGGCUAGGAUUGAACGGGGGAGAGGUGAGGUAGUAGGUGGAAGGGCAGGAGUGCGUGAGAAACGAGUGGAGCAAGAGACACUGCAGAGCGGGAGUGUGGAAGGGACGAGUAGAGGUGGUGGGAGGGGCGUGGCGGGUGGUACCAGAGUAGGUGAGUGCUACGGUGCAAAGCUGCUUGAGGAGUCUGGGGCAGGGAAGGAGAGAGCAGUGGUGACAGUGUCUGGAUUAGCAAACGCGAGACCAGUUUUGGACGACGACGAAAGGAAGGGCUUUUGUUAUAGAGAAGUGGGGGAGAGAGAGGUGGCUGGGGUGGCUAAGAAAAGGAGGAGGAUUGGAACAUGGUCAGAUGGGGGGUUGAAGACAGGAGAGGGUCAAGUGGAGGGACAGGAGGGGCAAGCGCAGGUGGUAAAGGAGGAGCCACUGACGUUUCAGCAGCCAAUGGUUGAGAGGCCGAGAGAGGCCGCUUUCCUGGACACUCGAGUGAUGAUUCUGAAUCAGAAGGAGGUGAAGGAGUGGGCUAAGGACGAGGCCCAGAAAGAGACCCUCCGAGGAGCAAAUGAGCGAGCAAGGGAGGGAGCAAUGGGGGCCGCAAAUAAGGGAGAGAACGAGGGAGCAAUGGACAGAGCAACGGAGGGAGCAAUGGAGGGAGCAACGGAGGGAGCAAUGGAGGGAGCAACGGAGGGAGCAACGGAGGGAGCAACGGAGGGAGCAACGGAGGGAGCAACGGAGGGAGCAACGGAGGGGGCAACGGAGGGAGCAACGGAGGGAGCAACGGAGGGAGCAACGGAGGGAGCAAUGGAGGGAGCAACGGAAGGAGCGAGAGAAGGGGGUCAGGAGGGAACGAUGGAUGGGGGACAGGGAGGAGAAGAGAAGGGCUGUGGAGAGCGGGAGGAGCUGGGCUGUGGGGAGGAGAGAGAGGGGAGUGGAGAGGACCUGUACCACUGGCUGAAAUACGGACAGAAGGUGCUCAUGGAGCGGGUAUACACGCGAGCCUAUUUCCGGUGUGCCCAGCACGCAGCAGGGUGCAAGGCCAAGAAGACCGUUGACGUGCCCAUCCAGAACCCCUCCUCUCCUCCCCAACUUCUAUCAUCCUUCCAUUAUCCAUCCCUCCCCCAACCGUCCUUUCCUCACCCGUCCUUUCCCCAGCCAUCCUUCAGUCAGCAGCCACAGCCACAGCCCCACCCACAGCUCCACCCACAGCCAUCGCCACAGCCACAGCCACAGCUGCCGCUACAGCCACAGCUGCCGCUACAGCCACAGCUGCCACUACAGCCACAGCCACCGCCACAGCCACAGCCACAGCUGCCGCUACAGCCACAGCUGCCACUACAGCCACAGCCACCGCCACAGCCACAGCCACAGCUGCCGCUACAGCCGCAGUCCCACAAUCAGCUACAGCCGCGUGUGGUGUUUCUAGGGCAGCACUCGCACCCUCCUCCCGACCGUCCCCGCUCUGCCACACUCUCCCUCGCCGCCCAGUUUGCUGCCGAGCUCAAGGAAGAGCUUCGGGCCGAAGCUGCCGCCGAAGCUGCUGCCGCCGCCGCUGCCGCUGCUGCUGCCGCUGCAGUCACUCCUGCCGCUGAUCCGGUGGCGAAGCUUCACAGGUGCGCCACAGCAGUGCCUGCAGGAGCAGCAAUGGCAGAAACACCAGCAGCAGCAGCAGCAGCAGCAGCAGCAGCACCCACCGCGAGCGCCACCCAAGGACUGUGCAGAUCAGAAUGA